UUGACUGUCAGUUGAAUGUCACGGCGGUUUCUGCGGAUUAGUACGGAAGUAGCACUUUCACGUUCUCCGGUCUACAGUAUUCAGACUCUGCUAGUCUUGCUAAAAUUCUAUAAUAUACUUCCAAAAUGUCCAAAGUAGAUUUGGAACUAAAAAAGGCUUUUGCUGAACUCCAGGAGAAGCAAAUUGAAACCAGUCAGAAGUUGAGAUUAGCGGAUAUCCAAAUUGAAAAUUUGAAGAAAAAUAAGCAACAUGCUCUAUUCACUGAGAGGGAAGUAAUGUCUUUAGAUGGAAAUACAAAAACAUAUGAGUCUGUGGGAAGGAUGUUCGUGGCCUCUCCAAUUGAGACAAUAAAGAAUAAUCUUCAGAAAAAACAAACUAUGGCAGAAGAAAAAAUCAAAAUAUUGGAAAAUAAUAAGGUCUACCUGGAAAAUAAUUUGAAGGAGGCAACUAAUAGUUUGAGGGAAUUAGUAAAUCAAAAAAAAGAGACUUGAGUUGAUAAUUCAUAUUUUGAAAAUAAAAUUUAUUAAAAAUA